CCCAGUCCCACCUGCUUUAGUUGACCCUCUCUCUCACAACUCCUUUCUUUUCUUUCUUUUUCUUUUCGGCUCUCCAACGAAUGAAAUGAAAACGUGAAAAACAGAAAUAAAUGCAAUUCAUUUUUACCCAAAAAAAAACCUCUCCUCUCGGUUCAUGCUCCUUUCAAAGAAACAAAGCCUCCUUCUCUCAUUCCUCCAUCGAUUCCAGAUCAAUUCUCUUCAAUCUCUUCAAAUCCAGCAAAACCCCACGUCAAAUCCCCUUCAAUUUCUCUUACCCCAUUUCCCAAAUCCUCCCCCCCAUACAUCUUUCUCUUCAAAAUGCUCCCUUUUUUCUGAUCUUCGCCCCCCUCUUUUAACUGGGUUUUGCCGUUGCCCCCUUUUCUUUGCUCCCCAAUUUUCGCGGCUCUAAUGGCGAUGCCUCUGUGAGAAAAAUGGACGUAAAUUUUGGCUACCAACAAAUGCCGGUAGCAUGCAGGGUUCAUCGACGUGGGUGAGGAUUUGGGAUUUUUGGGCGAUGGCGAAUCAGGUCGUUAAAGUCAAGAGGGAGGCGAUUGCCGCAUGCAUAACUUGCCCUCUAUGUCAUAAGCUCUUGAAAGAAGCCACCACCGUAUCCGAAUGCCUUCACACGUUUUGCAGGAAGUGCAUAUAUGAUAAGAUUUCAGAUGAAGAACUAGAAAGCUGUCCAGUAUGUAACAUCGACCUUGGCUGUGUCCCACUGGAGAAAUUAAGGCCAGACCACAAUCUAGAAGAUUUGAGGUCCAGAAUUUUCCCUAGUAAAAGGAGAAAAGUCAGAACGCCUGAAGUUGCUCCUGUUAUACUACCACCAGUUAGAAGAAAGGAAAGGUCACUUUCGUCAUUGGUGGUUAAUAGUCCUAGAGUGUCAAGUCAUGCUACCACGACUGGAAAAAGAACUGCAGCUGCUGCUGUCAGAAUUGCUGCUAUUUUACGAACACCAAAAGUUCCAAAUGAGAAGCGUGUGAAGAAGGAGGAUGAUUCCGCGGAAGAACGUUCAGAGAGCUCAAGUUCCCUUGAGACGUCAGACAAAUUCAAUCAGAAUAAAAGGCUGGAUUCCAGUCCUACCAAAUCUACCAUGUCUUUGCGAAAGAAAGAAGUGGAGAAUGGUGUUGAUUCACUGAAAGGAAACGUGGAUAUCUGGAAACCCUUAAAUUAUUUAGUAGAAGUUGCAAAUAGGAGCAAAUGUUUCAAAUCUAAUUCAGAAGGAUUCGAGGCUAAAGUUGAGCCUGCAGAUAUUGAUGGCAGUGAAGCUCAGGCCAGCAAGUCUAGAAAUAGGGAAAGCAAACGCAAGAAAAAACGUGAGAAUGGAAAAACUAGAACAGACCUGGUAUCUCCAGAAACUGAAAGACCUAAGAAAUCGCGUAGGGUUCGCCAAAAAAGGGAACCUCUUUUUGGGGACUGCAGCAUUACACCCCAGGUUGUGUUGGAUGCCACCAGUGCUCGGCAUGAAAGAAGAGCUGGGCCGAUCUGGCUUUCUCUCAUAGCUUCUGAACAGGAAGGAGAUGCACCAUUGCCGCAAAUUCCUGCUAGGUAUUUGAGAAUAAAUCUUUGUUGCAGGGAUGGAAACUUGCCAGUAUCAUUUGUCCAGAAGUACCUAAUGAGAAAGCUGGAUCUUUCUAGCGAAUCCGAGGUUGAAGUCAAGUGUAUGGGACAUCCAGUAGUUCCCACACUGGAUUUGCAUAGUUUAGUUGACAUGUGGCUACAAACAGCAUCAACCUCCGAAAAGAUCCCAGCAUCGAUCGGGUCAUCAGCAGAGGAUUUCAUCAUGGUUCUUUACUAUGCUAGAAAGAUCCCACUCUCUUGAUCUUCACCUUCCUUCAAGCUGCUGCCUUCAUAUCAUAUACAUGCAUUAAUCUGCAUCAAAGGGCCUUCACAAGGUUUGCUCUCUGCCCAUCAUGGCUUUGGCAGCCUCGAUGUGAUUGCGGGUAAGAGCAGACCGAUGCUGCGAAGCCACGGAAAAGGCCCUGCAGUGUUUCUUCAAACACAGUUGAGUAUCCUUUUCUGGGUGCUCAAUUUUAAUGACUGUAUCAAUCCAAGUUCCUCUUAGAUUUAAGAUUCUGUAAGAUAGGAUUUAAGGAUAAACAUUGAGAGUAGCAGCUAUGGGAGUGGCAUAUGCGCAAACAAAAUUCUUUAUACACCCACACCACCAAAUGACAAUCUCAAUUAUUUAACCACGUGUGUGUGUGAUGAAUUUUCUCAAAAUGUGUGUUCCCUCAGCAGUUGCUUUUACUCUCUUAAAAGAUGUACUUGAAUAGCCAAAUUAUCCUCAUCAUUCUAAUAAAGUUUCAUCUCUCCAUCUCUCAA